GCUUACAACACAUCAAUGGCUGCCGCCCGAUUCCUCUUCCACACUCUCACUCGGAAUGGAGUCAGAGGCAGUAGAACCCUAUCGAGAUCCAUUUCUUCAAGCAUCGAAGCCGUUAAAGAGGAAUCCGUCGCGGCUGCACCGGAAGAAGCGGUGGUUGAAUACGUCGAAGACGAUUUGAAGAGCAGAAUUUUCAGGCUGCGCCUCCCGAAGAGAAGCGUCACUAAUGUGCUGGAGAAAUGGGUCGCCGAAGGCCGCGCAAUCCCCCUUUCCGAUCUCCGCAGCAUCUCCAGAGACCUCCGCCGUUCGCGCCGAUUCAAGCACGCUCUCGAGAUUUCAGAGUGGAUAGUUAGUCAUGAGGAAUAUCAAAUAUCUGACUCAGAUUAUGCAGUCCGCAUAGACCUUAUGACCCAAGUUUUUGGCAUUGAUGCUGCCGAGCGCUACUUUGAAGCGCUGCCUUCCUCAGCAAAAACGAGCGAAACAUACACUGCUCUCCUUCACUGCUAUGCUGGAUCGAAGCUGGUUGAGAAGGCAGAGGCUCUCUACGAGAGAAUGAAGAGAGAAAACCUCUCAUUGAGCGCCAUCACUUUCAACGAGCUCAUGACUUUAUACAUGUCAGUCGGACAGCUGGAAAAGGUAUCCCUAAUCGUCAGAGACAUGAAAUGCCAGAACGUUGCACCUGAUCUAUUCACAUAUAAUCUAUGGGUGAGUUCGUGUGCUGCAGCUCUGGACCUGGAUGAGGCGAGGAGGAUUCUUGACACGAUGAUUGCUGAUCCAGGCUGUGACGAAAGCUGGAUUAGAUAUCAGAAACUUGCUAAGCUGUACAUUACCUCUACGCAACUUGUCAGCUCUGAUUCCAGCUCCCUAGUCGAAAGUGAGAAAGGCAUCACACAGAGAGAGCUGAUAUCUUACGAUUUCCUCAUCAUUCUCUACGGGGGCUUGGGGAGCAAGGAUAAACUCGACCAAAUCUGGAAAUCUCUGAGGAUGACCGGGCAAAAGAUGACAGGACGGAACUAUGUAUGCGUGCUUGCAUCAUAUCUGAUGCUCGGAUAUUUGGAAGACGUUGGUGAAAUAGUCGAGCAGUGGAAGCAACCUGCAACUUCGGAGUUCAACAGCACCAUGUGUAAUAAGCUCGCAGCAGCUUUCGAGGAAAUUGGUAUGGCAGAUACAGCCGCUGGCUUCCGUAGGAUACUCAGAGAAAAGGGCUGUGACCCGGUGGAGGAACCAAGAUGAGGGCGAUGGGAUCUGACGCUGCCGUUGUCAGUAGCUGUAGUUUCAAGAGAAGACUUCAGUGUGAAGAAGAGGUAAUAAAUUUGUAACAGAGUGAGAAAUAUACGCAUAAAUUUUGAUCAAGAAAAGUGAUGGUUCGGUUAUGGUGGGAAUGUUGUGACAAAGUGUAUGUUAGAACUUGGUUUCUAGAUUAUGUUGUGCUUUUGAGGAAAAUAUCAGUGAUAAUUACAAUUGGAGUCUCUUUUUAUCA